CAUGGGCUGGACACGUAACAUGUAUAAACUGCCCACUGACCGGAUCUGCUAUUUAACAGGUGUAGCAGCAAGUGCAACAGUGUCGUCUUUAGACAGAUCUAGUCCGGGACUAUGCGCUCAGUCUGGGGUUUAAUUGCCUUGGUGGCCACGGCAACGUUUUACUUGUAUCUGCUGUCUGUGUUCCUUCCGCCGGGUCCGCGUGCCGCCCUCUUUCACGACGUUCAACCUCAACACACCGCCGACGAACCGCAGGAGGAAGAACUCAGGUUGAAGUUCCCAUCUGAUCUGGAUGAGUUGAGGGAACUAGCUGAGCUGCUGCAGUUCUAUAAGACAGAACACACUGGAUAUGUGUUCAUCCUCUUUUGCAGUGCCUACCUCUACAAGCAGUCCUUCGCCAUUCCAGGCUCAUCCUUUUUGAACAUGCUGGCGGGGGCAUUAUUUGGGCCAUGGCAUGGACUCCUCAUCGCCUGCACUUUGACUACUGUGGGUUCCACCAACUGCUACCUGCUGUCCCGUACAUUUGGCAAACGCCACAUCGCCAGGCUCUUCCCUGAGAAGGUGGCCAUGCUGCAGAAAAUGGUGGAAGAGAACAGGAGUAGUCUGUUCUUCUUCUUGCUCUUUCUGCGGUUCUUUCCCAUGACGCCAAACUGGUUUCUGAAUGUCACCUCUCCAAUCCUCAACAUCCCCAUCCCCAUAUUCUUUUUCUCCAUCCUCAUUGGUCUAAUCCCUUAUAAUUUUAUCUGUGUCCGUACGGGUGCCAUCUUGUCUGAGAUCCACUCAUUGGACGACAUCUUUUCUUGGAGGACCCUGUUUCAGCUCCUGUUGAUUGCGUGUGUGGCUCUACUUCCUGGAGCUCUGAUCCGCCGCUAUAGUCAGGCCCGCCUCAAACUUGAUGGCCUGGAACCCAAUGGACACCAAAAGGUCCUGAACGAUCGCAAGACUAGAUGAACCGAAGACACACAGAAGAAGAGACUGCAGUCUGUUAAUAUGGGACUGAUCAUUGGUCUGGAGUUACAGCUGAGGAUUUGGUUAUGAAUGUCUGAAUGCAGAGUGGAACUGACAUGGAAAGAAAUAGAAAAUAUGAAUUACCAAAUGUCUAUAAUUGCCGACGUUACAUAUAUAACACUGGACAUUGCCUCAUUAUAUAGGAAAAAAUUAAUCUGACGGCCUAGCCUUUGUUUUUUUAUUGAAGCAAAAAAUAUUUACUUAUGUUUUCAAAUGUUGUUUAGUGACGAUGUUUGUUUGUAGCUUUAUGUGUGUUUAUGGCUUUAUUUAGUUGUGGAAACUGUAAAUAACUAAGUUCCAUGUGUUUUUGAGUGUUUACACAUUUUACCAAAAUAGAACUGAUAAGUUUGCCCCCCCCCCCCAUGUAAAUAGCUCUAGGGUAACAAAAUCUUUCUGCUCAAGACCUGCACAUAAAAAGUAAUUUAUUACAUAAAAAUAUUUGUAUUUAAAAGUAGUACUACAGUUUUACUUAAACUGUAUCCAACUUUAUAACUUAAAAAGAGAUGCAGCCAUUUGUAACUUGAAUAUGCGAGGCUUGCCAUGUCAUUCUUGUAAUAUUAUUUCAACAGAAUGUAGUCAAUAUAAACACUGGUUUGUAGCACAAAUAGUUUUUCAAUUACUGCACUUGUUAUUCUUCUUGUUAUUACCUAUACCAGCUAAUGAAUCAGGAUUUGCAAAUUCAUAGCUUACUUCUGCGCUGAAAAAUAAGGUGCAUACCACUAAAGUGAUUUUUAAAGAUUAUUAGAUAUUAUAUUCAUUAUCCUCAAGCGUCCUAUCAGGGUGUUCUUUUAUUUGCAAGUUAGUAUCAUGCCUUAAAUAUAGACUUGUGCACUGAUCAUUUACAUGAUCGCCUAAAUCUUUUGGAGUUGCAUAGUACAUUCAGGGAUUGAUAACUGACUUGGUCAUACAUAUACAACUUGCUUUGUUAUACUUGCACAUGUGCAUAAUUCAUUUCUAGCUACAAAAAAAUAAAAACGCACACUACUAAUGACCUGUUUUGGACAGUAAGGCAGUAUUAAUGCAGUGUUUAAAUUUACAGCAUAAAAUGGCACUUUAAAUAUAUCUCAUCCAUUCAGCUUCAGAUGCAGCUUAACCUUUACACAUUUAAUUACUGCAUUACAGUAGCUGUCCUGUUUUAAGCCAUUUAUGGAAAAAUAAAUCAAUGUCUUAAUGUGUACAUAAGUUGUUAAGGUUUAGUUUUUGCAUUAAAAACUGCUGAUUGAGUGCUUGAAAGUUAUAAUUCUAUUAUAACCAAGUUAUAAUGGCUGUUUUCACAACUAAGCAGUACUUAAAAAGUUUCAUGCAGUUUAAAUUCAAUAAUAAAAACAUUUGAAGCUAUUUAACAUCUUAUUGUAACCUAUAUGUUAAAUUAUGUGGAAUGGAUGUAUACAUGGUAAAAUUGCUGAAAUGAGUGAUAUAAUUAUACCAUAUUGGCAGCUGAAAGCAUAAUAAAAUUAGCCAAACUAUUUCUAGAGAGUUCUAUGGGUGCAUAUUUUAUGCUGAUCAAAUUAUGUGUAAAAAUGCAUGGAAGUAUAACUGCAGGAUAAGAAUAUUGUGAUAUUCUAUUAAUAUAGUGUAUUAAUAUAUUCCAACAGAAAUCAAGGGUUCACUUUAGCAUCUUGUGGAAGCCAGUUUCUGCCCUGGGAUAAAAAAAAAAUUAAAGGUAAUUGUGACUUUUUAUCUCAUA